CCAAAAAAAAGGCGGCAACAACUUGAAAGUUAAAACCUCCACCCACCACCCUCCCUAAGGGUUCCGCCGUCCCCAAAGCCCUCCGCUUCUCCCAGCUCCGCCAUCAACCACCGGAAAUGUUCGGCACCCCAUCAUCAGCCCCGCCCUUCGGGACUCCCUCCUCAACCCCUGCAUUCGGUACCCCCUCUUCGACCCCGGCCUUCGGCACUCCGUCUUCCACCCCUGCCUUCGCCACUCCAUCUUCAAGCCCAGCCUUCGGAACGCCGUCCACCCCGUCGUUUGGCACCGGCUUCGGAACCUCACUGUUCUCUACUCCGUUCUCGCAGCAGCAAUCGCAGCAGAACUCUUUCUUUCAGACGCCUCAGAGCUCAAGCCCUUUCGGUCUCUCGACGCCGUUCGCUGCCACCCAAGUGCAGUCUUCUCCGUUUGGUCAGCCCGCUGUGACUCCGGCAUUGCCCUUUGGAAAUGUUCAAUUGACCACUCAGAUGGCUCCAGUUGCUCCUCUCCCCUUUUCUCUUGCCGAUCGUGAUAUUCAAGCUAUUGUUGAUGCUUACAAGGAGGAGCCUGGGAACCCUAAGUAUGCAUUUAAGCAUUUAUUGUUCAGCGUGACUGAACCUCAAUAUAGGGUGAAACCUGCUGGUGUAUCAGAUAUAAUGUGGGCAGAGGCCAUGGGGAAACUUGAAGGCAUGGAGAGUUCUGAUCGAGAACGACUUUGGCCCCACCUUGUUCAGGGAUUUAAAGAUCUGUCACAGCGCCUCAAGCUACAAGAUGAAGUUAUAGUCUCAGAUUCUGAGAGAUUGCGAAUAACACAGAGCAAUGUAAAAAUGCUUCAAAGGCAUUUCCAAGCAGACACUUUUCCUUGGAUUCGGAGGAUGCAACAAAAGGAGCAGAGUCUCCAGAGGCGCCUCUUAAGGGUAAUGCGAAUUAUAGAGGCAUUGGAAGGCAAAGGGUGUCGAUCACCUUUGAUGAAGGGAGAAGCUGAAUUGGCGGAGAAGUUGGCUGCAUUAACUCGACAGUUAAAAGGAUCCGGAGCAGAACUUUCUAGAAGGGUUCAAAAUCUACUGACUCUAUCUCGUGUUGAAGCCAAUGGCCUUGGUGGUAGAUCUAUGUAUAUACCUGGAUCAACUAAAAUACAUGAGCAAAGUCUUUUGGACAUGCAGGAGGUCUUGCAACAGCAGACGGAGGCUAUUGCUAGGCUUGGCAAUGUUUUAAAGAGAGAUAUGAGGGAUAUGGAGAUCAUCAUGGCUGAGGAAACAGAGAUGUCAGAAGACUAGCCAUACAUUUAAGGUGUUCGCUGUUCAUUUUCAGUUUGUUGGUUUAAAAGCUUUUGCUCCUGUUAGGAUAAAUUUUGUUGGCAACAAUGAGCAAGUUAUGGGAAUUCCUACUGCCACAUCUCUUCUACCUUGCUUUUUGACCUGGAAAUUUAGAUGGAUCAGAGGCUAGAAUCUUAAUCACCUCUGUCUUGAUUGCUGUUGGAAAAUUUCCCUCCCGUGAGACUUCAUUUGAUGAUUUUAUGCUUCAUAGAUCAGGUCAAUUUGUGCUCACAAAGAUCAGCGGCCGGAAGUUUGAUUUUUGUGCUCUGGAUAUGCAUGUCAUUUUCAUCAAGGUCAGCAAACCACGGUAACAUAAUUCGUUGUCGACACCAAAGGUUUGUUGUACAACUCGAUUAGCAAACUGUGCUUGUUGGAUGGCAAAUUGUAUCAUGUAAAGUAUGAGAUUGAGAACCAAGCAUACCUUCACUCUGUGAGAUUAUGGGAAUUUGUCUAUUCACUUUGAGAUUGUACGCAGUAUCUCAGUAAUGGAUGUAGGUUAGAACAUGCCUAUAGUACGAGGAUUUUGUAGUCGCUAUCGUGAAGUACUGCAGUCAGUGAAGUUCAAAUAGACUGCACUGAAAAACAAUUGUUCUAAAACUAAUUUUAAUAUAUAUUUGAUGUAGUGGUUUA